AUGGAAUAUUUAGAAAUAGUUGAAACCAUCAUGCCUUAUGUUAUUAACAAAAUUAUGACAAGAGUAGAGGAUAAGAUUUUUGAAAGUUUAGAAUCAUAAUCGAGUGCUUCUUUUGCAGCUAAUUUAGCUUUCAAUAUGAUGCAUUAGAAAUGUUUUGAUCCUUAUUUUCAAAAUUAUAAUGAGAAGGAAGAUUUUGAAGCUCAGAGCACAUAAAAGGAAAGAUUUAGAGCAUAUGAUAUUAAAGACAUAGCUCCGAUUUCUGUUCGGAUGACACCAAAAGUAGAAUUACCUCCAAAGCAUAAAUUUAUGUUACCAACUUAAUUGUGGGAAGACUAUGAACCUUAAUUGGUUAGAUAAAAAACAAUAGAAUUUGUUGAAGAAUAUCCAAAUGAAAGAAGAAUAAUGGAAUAAAAAUGUUUUGAAAAAUCAAAUAAAGAGUAAAUGAUUAGAGAACGAUCUAAGGAGAAACGGAUGAUGAAAGAGUAAUAUAAUAGAUUGAUAAUGCAAAUAGGAUCAAAAGAAUAUACUUACGAUUACAAUUGCGAUCCUAUUGCAAGAUCUAACAAUUAAACCAGAAAGGAUGUUAUAACUACUUUGCCAUUUGAAGUACCAUAGACUGAUAAUAAUGCUGUUAUUUCAAAACCAAAACUUGUGGAAUAAAUAAGAUAGAAACGAAGAUAAGCAGAAAAUGAAGAAACAAUAGUUGAGUUUAUAGAGUCAUAAACUUAGGAUUUUAAAUUGUAACCUGGAGUCAGAUUGAGCUUCUAGUCUGUGUAAUAAAAGGAAACUAUUCAAAAAUAAAUAUCCUAAUAAUCCAAAUAGACAGAAUAGAUGUUAACUUAAAAUAAAUAAUUUAAGGGUUUAAGAAACAUAAUAAAAUUGAAUGACAUUUAGUUAUUUGGCUAUUUAUAAUAAUAUGAUUUGGAAAAUAACUAUGAAACACUCAUACAAAACACCAACAAGACGUAAUUAGUAACUCCAACUAACUAAAGUCUAUUAGAUUAAUCUACCAUAAAAAGAGAUGUAUUAAAACUACCAAAAUUGAGAUCACAUUCAAUAAAUGCUCGAACAAAGACUAAAAGCAGAUAAUAAACCUACUCUAUUGUUACUUAUAGAGAUUGA